AUGACUGAGCUUGAUCCCAAUGCAAGUGGUUUAGAUCUUGAAGAAAUCUCAAAUUGGGCAAAAAUAUUUCUUUACUUGAAAAGCUUUUGUGAAGCCUUAACUAUUCAUAAGAAGAUCCUCAUCAUCUUGAACAAAGAAGAAUGUGAUUCCAAUUGCGAAACUUCUGAGAUUGAACUGCAGUAG